AACUUGCAACACUACCACUUAACAUUUGUUUUGAUAAUAUUUUGUUGCACCAGCGUGCAGUGCGCGAUAAGAAUUAAUAAUUAUGGAAAAUAAUAGUAAGGAAAAUAACAUUUGCUUCGAUCAAAUUGAAAAAAUUAUGCAGGAGUUAGAUGCCACCAACAGAGAGUCUAAUUCAUCAACUCCACCUCCCAUGGAUUUGCCACAUAGACCAAUAAUACUGGAGCCUCAAAUCAAAGAAGAACCCAAGGAUAAGGACGCGCAUUACACUCAUUUUGAAACACCAGUGGUAGCACAUCAGGAUAAUGCUACUAGCAAUAAUGUAGUGUCUACAGUUCCCACUCAAAUUUCUGACAAUGGCUCAAACUUUUUUUCAAAUACUCCAGGACAACUUACGCAAGUGCAAAUAAAAAAAGAAAGGGUUGAAGACGACGUUGAAAUGUCAAUUGGGAUACCUUCAAAACAUUACGACAGAAAUGAUAGUGCGAUACAUAAUACACAACCAACAACAAUGGAUUCCACGCCACUAAUUAAAUCAGAACCAGCAGACACUCAUUCUGUUGCGACAGAAGCAAAUCCACUCCAAAACGUACUUGCAAAAGUUGCAACACCAACAAAUUCGACUAAUAAUAAUUCACAAGAAGUUCCAACUGAAACAAAUAUGGAUUCAACUGCGCCCAACAGCCCAAGUGGGAUACCAGAACCCGAUGAAACAUUACCAGAUAAUUUCUUUGAUGAUUUAAUCAAAGAUGUUGAUAACAUCACAGCAGCGGCUUUAAAAUCCACCGCACCGCAUGAAAAAGCACAUACACAAGUGUUUUUAAAUGUAAAACGGGAACCUGUUGAUACAACAACUUUUCCUGAGGCAACAACUUCAGCGGCACCAAAUAAUACUACACAAGAAAAUGAACAUACACAAGUAAAUCUCAAUGUCAAAAAUGAACCUGUUGAUACGACAGCUAUUCCAGAAACCACAACAUCCGCACCGAUACCAGAGAACUUUUUUGACGAUUUAUUAGUUGACCAUGUUGCCGAGCGCGUAGACGAAGUUGUCAAUAAUGAUCUCGAAUUAAAAUACUCUGAACGUCUAAAGGAGCUAGAACAAUUGCAAGCCAAAGAGCAGGAGUCACAUAAGACACAUAAAAAACAUAAAAAGAAGAAGAAGAAAUCACAUAAACGUACGCAUGGUGAAAUUAAUGAAAAUGAAGAUUCGAUUAUUACCAAUCAUAAGCGUAGCAAACGUGCAUUGCGUAGUCACAGUAAAAGUCCCCCCACAAGAAGAGAUUCAGAGGCUCAAAUACGAAGCACCAACAAAAGCCCUAUUAAGCGAAUACGCGUUAAAAGCGAAUUCACUGGCAGUGAAGAUAGACCUAUAGAAAUAGUUGAUUUAUAUUCGGAAGAACCAGAAACCAGUGCUGCAGCGGCGAGCCGAAUGGUGCGUGUCAAAUCGGAGUUUUCCACAUAUCAACCUUAUGAGAAAACAUCCGAAAUCUGCUUACCAGUAAAAGAGAAAGAGCUUUUCCAAAGUCGUAGCAACAUCAAUAGAAACGGCCUUAUUAUUGACAUGACGGCACCCUUGGGUUUCAAGCGCAUUAAAAUGGAAAGUGAUCUUCUAGAGAAAUCAAAAACAGCAGAGUAUAUUUUGCCAAAAGAUAAAAUAGAAAAUGCAAAACAAAGGGCAAUAGCCGCUAUCGAAGACUUUAAUAAGUGGAGCAAAAAACCUAAGGACCCAGCGUUUAUAUACACCAAUACUGUGCGCAAACUGCCUAAUAGCAGUACAUAUAUAACACAGCAAAUCUACGAUAAUCGUUCACCAUUGCACAAUGUAAACAAUGUGCUUUACAAGUUCAAUUCCCACGCUAACGAAUUUAACCUACACGAAUGGGGUAUAGAAGAAAUGCCACCGAAAGCAAGGGAAGUAGCAAAAAUUUUAGGUUUUGAUGUAGACGCAUUGGACAAGAGAAAAGAAACCAUCAAAUUACCGCCAAAGAUACAAAAAAUUAAAAAGGAACAUAUUGCACAGACUGAAAAGAAGUUGACACACACACAAACCUCAUUUCUUAUCACCGUAUCCACGCAAACCGACGAAGUCACUGUGCUGGAUGCAAACGCGAAACACCGUCAUAACAUAGCCGUACAAACUGAAUCGCAAGGCAACACUAACGGUAUGUCUACGUGUGGCAAUAACUACGAAGAUCUGCCACUAAUGCGACAAAUACGUACAUUCAAUGAGAAUCAACUAAUGGCUUUAAGUGGUUUCGCCGAUUUGAUAUGCGAAUCAGCGCUGGAACCAAAUGCCGUGGACUUAUGUCUACUGCAUCAGCGUAUGAUAAAAAUAUAUAGAUUCGCGCAAAUGCCAUCCGAACUGGAACAAAAUGAUCAACAGCCAAGCACACAGGUUUUACGAGAUCCACGCCAAGCAAGAAAAUCACAGGAAUCACCACCACCGCCGCCAGCACCAAGACUCCUACCACAAUUUGCGCAAGCACCAAAACCGCCAACUAUGAAUCAACAUUUACGAGACCCGCGUCAAGAAAGAAUAUUGACAAUGAGCGAACCAUUACCACCAUCGUGGCCUACAGCCCAUACAGUUGCACAGCAACACUAUCAACGACAACAGCAAACAACGUGGCCGAUACCUCAGCGUCCAGAACGUCCAGCAGCUGUGGCACAAAAAAUUCCGCUUCACUUGCCACACACUAUGGUACCACAGCAAUCGUACGCGCCAAAAUACUACGGUCGCGGUGCCAUGCGACGGUAGUAAUAUGCUAAGUAAACCACGAGUCACUUUAUAGCUUUACAAGUUUAAACAUAUUAGAUAUACAUAUUUUUACGCUGAAAAUGCCGCAUUUCAAAAAAAGAAACUAAGCAUAAUUUAGUAAUUAAGGCGUCGAUGUAAACAAACAGUUUAGUUGCCACUUGAACACAUACACAACUGUCACAUUGUGUUGCCAAUUCGUAAUUGAGUAACGUAUUUUUUAUGUGAGUAUGCAUACAUAUAAAAAUCGAAAACUUAAAAUAAAUUCAAUAAAUUGCGUUCAUAAUAUAAAUAGAAACACAUUUUUUUUGUUUUUGUACGAUUAUCAUUUAUAUGUAUUUAAAUUAUAAAUCGUUUAUCUUGAUUUUAUUUAUGGGUUUCUAAAUCGCUUUUGCAGUAGCAGAUUUGUUUACAUAUAUACGUUUUUACUUAUUGUUUUUCUUAUACAUAUGUAACUAUAUCUGUAAAUACUAUAACUAAAUUAAACGGAUUAUGCAUGUUUAAUUGCAAGCUAUGCGGUGCAAGCUUAUUCUAGGGUUUGAAGGAAAUGCAAAUUAUUUUGUGCUGAACUUAAAGCAAUAAAAAAAUAACAAUAAUAUAUGUAUAAAAAAUAAUGAAAUGGAUAAAAUAUUAUUAUUUAUUUUUAUUUGUUUUUUUUUUUUUUUAGUAAAUAAUAUAAUAAUAGCAGCUACAGAAAUGAGAAAAUUCUAAAAAAUUAUUUCCUAAAUUAAAAAGACAAAAUGUUUCAAAUGAACCAGAGUUUUAAAAUAUUUAACGUUAUUGAUUUAUAUGAUUGAAUCAAUUAAAUUGAAAAAUACAAUUUAUCAAAUAUAUUCUAUUAAACUGUGUAAAUUAUUAAAUGUGUAUUUAGUAUUUAUUUUGUUGUAUUAUUUUCUUAUAUAAACACGGUCGCGUGAUGUGCCGGCACAUAUUAGAAAAAGCAUAUUUGUUUAUAUAUGUAUGGAACUUUUUUCAUUAGGAAGUCAGUAAAAUAAUUGAACACAAUAAAUUAAAGAUUGAGAAACAGGCCAGAGCGUGUGAAGUUGAAUAGAAUUAUGACAAAUAAAGAGUAAGAGCUUUGAAUGACGAAUAGAAGUUUUCAACGUGGAACUGAGCUUCCAAUUAUGACCACUCACAAACAUAAGAGUCUAAUUAACCGGUACGAACUUGUUUUGAGUCGGAUCAUGUAUAAGUCCCAAGAUUGUAACUCAAUUUCUCCGAAAUUGUUUUUAUGCUGCAGUAUUAACAAUAAUACCCGAUAUAAGCAAGCGAAAGUGAAGUUAUGUCAAUGAGAAUCGAGAUUAACAUUAUAAAGCUGCUUAAUCCUUAUUUAUCCUUGCACAUUUGCAUAAAUUCGCUUAAAAGGUGAUAUUUUCGAAAUUCUUGUGCACAGCAAAGGGUAAGCUAUGGUUAAAGCACUUAAAAUGAGUUCUUAAAGAGUUGUAGAGGAAUAUUUCAAUUUCAAUUAAUUGCAUAUUAUGAGGCGCAAUAUACAAACUAGAUCGUCGUUGAAACCUUUACAUCAUAAAAAAUAUUUUGGUUUAUUAGAAAAAAUGCAUUUGUCUUCGUUUUCGUAUUUCAACAUUCGUUGUCACGAAUUGAAGUGAGACAGCUGGCGAAUUACAAUAACCUGUUAUCAGUCUUAGGAAGAGAUUCGGAUUACCUUACAACUACAUAAUGUUGAAAUAAGAGAUUAAGCAGCUAGCCAGUGGUCAAAAGAACACAAUAAUCUCCGUACUUUAAAAGUGAAAUAUUGUGUCGUAUACUUCCUCAACCAUUAACUGUCUCAUUGUCGCCAGACAUUAAUAAUUCAAAUUCUCUGCACUCUUACACAUUCUCUUGCAAACUUCGCAAGCAAAACAACACAAAAGCACGAAAUAAAUCCCAAAACUUCAUUGUUUACGCCACUAAAUUAUAAACUAAGCAUUUUUUAUAUUUUGGAAUUUUAAAUUUUUUAUUUACUAUUGUUGGCUCGCCUGGUUUACACAAAUGAAAAUAUUAAAAUACACGUUUAAUUAAUACCAUUUCAAUAUCUUUUAAAUUAAAUCGUAAAAAAAAACAUUAUGCAAAAUCCAAUACGUAUUGUUCGUUGUCCAUGUGUGGGUGUUGCAAAUAUUUUUUUGACAUAUGGAAUGGAACAGCGCAUAUCACUGCUUAUUGUAUAAAGUAUAUAUGCAUAUAUGUAUAACGUUUGUGUGUAGUAUGAAGUAUUUUUAUAUAUAUUUCUUGCUUGCCAACCACAUU